UGGCAAAGCCUGUCAGAGAGCCGGCAGCCCGCAACGCGAGUAUUGCUGCCGAGUAAAUUUCGAGUUCGAAGUAAUCGACGAUCGAAACGAAUCUGGGAGAAGGGAGAUCGGUCGAUCCCCCGAGAAAAGAGGAGGACGCGUUUCAUUCGUCUCGGUUCCUGCUCGAUCGUUAGUUCUAGUGCUGCUGUGUCCCGCGGAACGGUUUCCUCCCCGAAAGACGGCCCCUUCUUCUCUCCCGCAUCACGUACACGAACUCGCCCUGCGACCCUUUUAACCCUCUCUAGCUGCCUUACUUCUUCUCUCCCUUCCGGUCCUCUCGAACGAGGGGAUCAAGUCGACACGAGUCAGACACGAAGAGACACUCGGUCAGGAGAAUAGAUCCUUCCCCUGGCAGACGGUCCGGUGCUUCUCCGACCGAGGAACCACUCUUCUCGGAUAUAUGAUAUAUCGGAGAACUGGCUGCGAACGUGACGCGUAACGAGUUGGCUAGCCAGAAUUUGGAUCAAUGAUCUAAGGUCGUGCGGAGAAGCUCGGAUCCUGCGCAGUGCGAGGAACAGGACAUAGCCCUAUCGGUUUUCAGGGAAAAGGGUCGUGCGAAUCCUGCGCAAUACCUUAAACGUUAAAACUGUCCGCAUGAAAUCGCGGUGAGACAAUACCGCUGACCUUUCCGUUACAGCUCUUCGAAAUUUUGUUGCCUCGCAAUGAGUACCACGGAUCCGACUGGUGAGGGCGGAGGGGGAGGGGAGACCAGCAUAAUAUCGCCGUCGUCGAACGUGGAACAAACCGCGUCGCCGAUCACACCGGUGACCGGUGGCGUGGUCCCACCGCCGGGCUCUCAACAGCAGCAUCCGCCACCCUCGCCACUGAGCGGUUGUUACCUUCUCGUCGUGCUUCCAGAGCCUCAUACCGCCCAACACAAAGAUCUCAUCCUGAACCGUCUCGCGAAAGGCUUCCUGUCAUGGGACAAGGAUAGCUGCCACGUAGACUUAGAAAAAGAGUUACUGGCGCUGGUAGCGCAAGCCCCCGAAGGCGAAGAAGCUAGGAACGGCGAACGACUGAUCCAAUACGCUACCGAGAACCUAGUUACGGAAGUGCUCAUUCACCCGCAAACGAACACAUUAUUACAGUGUAUACGCAAUCUGUUGGCAAGUUUCACGAAACAUCGGCACAUCAUACACGCUGGCUACACGUUCGGCGGGAACGGUUCCUGGAUACUGCAAGAUGGAACCUUCAGCCUCGCCGAUUUCCUCGACGCGUUCAGCGAGCACGAGGUGCAGAGGGUGGUACGCGCGUACGAGAACAGCGUCACCGUGGACAUCCACUGCGCGGGCUGCGGGGAUUGGACGACGAACAGGCUGUCCAAGGAACCUUGCACGAGAUCAUGCAGGGUCCGAGUCAACCCGGACGACGUUCUCACCGCCGGACUGCCGGCCAUCGCUAGUUUCACCAACUACAUCGGACAGUACCUCGUGGCCCAGACGUUGGACCAGCUGAUGGAACCGUCCGACGUCGUGGGCAACAUUAGAUUUAGUCAUCCAACUUUGUAUGUCUUCCCCGGCGGUCAGGGCGACGCCGCCCUCUUCGGUAUAAACGGUUUCAACAUGCUGGUCGACGGCGGCUUCGCGAGAAAGGCCUGCUUCUGGGACUUCACCAGACACUUGGACAGAUUGGACGCUGUCCUGGUUACCAGAAUAAAUAACAGCAAUGUAGGAGGCAUGUCGAGCGUGCUGUGCAAGAAGAAGGAUAUGCACGUUUACCCUCAGAUCGGACACUUCUUUUGCAAUCUGGUCGAAAGACGACAGACAAACUCCCCGGACGGAGACAAGGACAUCGACCCACUGAUCCUGAAUCUAACGGACAUCGGCCAGGAGAUGGUCGUCAACCUACGGCACAUUAAUCUCCGAGCGCAUCCCUGCUACAGAGACCCGGAUCCUAUCAAUCUGUACCACAAAGUCGGCCACGGCACGCUCGAUAUGUACGUGCUGAGCCCGAACAAGGACACCCGCGAGGUUCGAGAGUUCCUGGCGAAAUGGCACGCCUCGGACUCGAAGCUGUUCGCCGGGAGCCACAAGAAGGACUCGAACAAUCUAACGUUCCCGAUACAGAAUCUGGUCUCGAUCUGCGCGCUGCUGGUGUGGCAGCCUGCCAACCCGGAAGACACCAUCACGAGGAUCUUAUUUCCCGGAAGUACGCCACAGCACAAGAUCUUCGAAGGUUUCGAUCGACUGAAACACGUCGAGUUCCUCAAGCAUCCCGUCUGCUCCGCAAAGAGCCUGUCACCGUCCGCCUCGCUGGCGACGUUGCGAGACAAGCCGGCGAAGCACAAGUUGAUCGAGAAGGAAUCGAAGAAGGCGGACAUCAAACGAGAGAAGAAAGAGUCGCCGGAUUUGAUGAAAGCGGAGCCGCCGAAGUCUGCACCGAUCAUACCGACGAAGCCACCGGUCAGUUCCAUGAAGUUCGAGCCGAAGGCUGUCCCGAAGAAGAUCGUAGAGAACAAGAAGAUAGAGGAAGCGAAGAAAGAGGAGCCUAAGAAGGAAAUUAAGAGAGAACCCAUAAAGAAACCAGAGGCUAAACCGAAGGAGACGGAAAAGACCGACGAGAAAGUGGAGAAGGAGGAGGACGUUCAGAAGAUCGAACCUACUAAGGAGAUGGAGAAGGUGCCUUCCGUAGUUCCUUUAGAGAAGGAGCCGAAAGCAAAAACGGAGACGAAGAAGAAGGAGUCGAAGGAAGCGAAGAAGCCCGGAAAAAUAGAACCCACGGUAAAAUCAAAGUUGGUCGAAAAGAAGAGGAAACAGUCUCCGGUCGAAAAGAAGGACGCUGUCAAAUCCUCACCGACGACGCCUAAGAAAAUAGUAAACGGAGUCGCGGCGAAGGCCGAGAUCGUCAAGAAAGACGUGGCGAAGGCGAAGCCACCGCAGAAGAUCGCGGCUGCGCCUCCGGCGAAGAGCACGAAGGACGCGAACAACAGAAAAGUCGUCGAACAAAAGAACAUUGAAAAAUCGGCGAUAAAGGAGACGGCGGCGAAGGUGUCCACGUUGGCCAAGCCGAAACCUACGGACCGAAAACCGAUCGGUCGCCGGACCAAACCAGUUAGCCCUAGCAAAGUUCGGGUGUCUGGCAGCCCGGCGAAAUCGACUCGAAGCACACCGACCGUGUCCGUGAAGUCCGAUAAAGACGGAGUGGUUCGCAAGGCGAAGAGCGACAAGGGCACUGCGGACUCGUCUACGGUUUCCACUCCAUCUGGAAUCGAGCCGGAAACCGGUGCGAGAUUGAUCGAAAAGAAUUUAAUGGAGCAGUCCGAGGAUAUUUCUCUGGAUUCUAUAGAGAGCAAGGUACUCGCUGAUCUGAAGGAGGAACGGGAAGUCGUGGAGGAGAUCGAGGCAGUGCUUCAGAAAGCGGAACGCAUUGAGGAGACGAGGAAAGACGAUCGCUCCGAGGGAGACGACGAGAUCACCGCGGAAUUGACCGACAAAAAAGAAGAAGAUAUCACGGACGACGACAUCGUCGAAGCUGAUAUAGAGGAUGCUCUGAAGAGAGAAUUGAUCGAUGAGUAUCUGAUCGUCGAGAAGGAAGAAGACUACGUGGAGGAUUCUACUCAGAGCGGGGAGGGCGAGCAGAAGCACAUAUUGGAUGAAGCUGAAUCGGAGAAGGCGAAGAUGUCGAAGGACACGGAACAGAUGGUGAAGGAGAAGGGCACGGAGGAAGAAGUCGAAGAGAAAGAGAAAGAUGAAAGUGCAGAGAAACGCGAAAUUGAAGCUGUGGAAGAGAAGGAGGAAGUCGAAAUCGCUACGGAACCGACGGAGCCCAUCGACUUGUCGCCAGAUCGCAGAGCUCAGUUAGAGGAGGAAGCCAAGAUCUCGGAAAUGGAGGCGAAGAAACUGGAAGAAAAGGACGAUUCCGGUAAAAAGGACAGCGAGGACGUCACGAAAGAACCGUCGAGCUUGAGUCCGGACAAGCUCGAUUCUUCAGAAAAGAAGACUACAGACACAGAUUUGAAACCUGAAGCGGAUCAAAAGGAACAGCUGCCUGAGAAGCUGGAGGAAUCCCAAGAAAGAGUUUCGACUUUAGAAUCCGGUGCUACGACCACCGCGCCGACGCUUCCCGAGGACGAACGUAUACCCCUCGACGACAUAAAGGAGGACAUCGAUGAAAAACACAUAAUCGAGGAAGUGAAGGAGAAAGACGUCCACGCCAAAGUGGAAGAGAAACUCGAAACUGCAGAAGCAGUUCCGACCUCGGUUCCCGCGACGGCGCCUAUCGAUGCAGCUUUGGUGAGAACCGUGCCACCGACUAUGACUGCGAAGCCUGACGUUCGAGUGUUCGACGUUCGCCAACCCGUGCCCUUACAGCGUGACAUCGUCAAAACGCCGGACGAGGUCGCCGAUCUCCCGGUUCACGAGGAAGUCGAUCCGAAAUUAUAUAGAAUGGACGAUUUCGAGAAAGAGAAGGAUGAGAAACCGUCACCGCAACAGGCCAAAGAGCCUAGCACUCCCACGCCAGUAAAAGAGCAGAAGGGCGUGUUCAGCUUCUUCGGUAAGGUCGCGGAUAAAUUCGAGAAAGGUAUCGACAAGUUGACUAAGAAGUCGAAGAAGGACUCGGAAAAGGAAGAAGACAAAUCUUCGAAGUCCAGCUCGCCGAAGGAAGCGAAGCCACCGAAGGACGAGAGGACCAUUCUCGAAGAGGUCGAUAUGGAAAAACUGUUCCCGAAGGUUGGCAAGAAGACGCCCGAAGAAGAAACACCCAAAGUAAAACCAGUAGCACAGGAGAUCGUGACCGAACCGAAGGAGGAUGUUGAGGAAUUAAAAGCAGUCGAGGCAGUUGAGGAUCGGCCGAAAGUUGAAAUUGAGAAAGAGGAGAAAGAGUCGAAGAAAGAAAUUGAGAAAGAAAUAGAGGAAAAGAUUGAAAAAGAAAUUGAGAAAGAAAUAGAGGAGAAGAUUGAAAAAGAAAUUGAGAAAGAAAUAGAGGGAAAGAUUGAAAAAGAAAUUGAGAAAGAAGUUGAGGAAGAAAUCGAAGAAGAGAUUGAGAAAGAAGUUGAGGAAGAAAUCGAAGAAGAGAUUGAAAAAGAAAUUGAGAAAGAAGUUGAGAAAGUCGCGGUGGAGGGAGGAGAAGAGGAGGAGAUAAAAGCAUUGUUAGAGGAAGCUUCGAAGAAGUUCAAAACGGUGAAAGACAGCCUGCGCGAUUCGUUGGAAUCAUUGGAAGAGAAGAUCGUCGCCGCUGAAACGAUCGACGUGGCUCCGGAAGUUCCUCCGGUGAAGGACGCGAUCAAAGAUACGUUGGACGGUGUGGUGGAAAAGUUGGAGGCGAUACAACCUCACGAGGAGAGCACCACGUCGCCCGAAGCGAGCAAGGAACCGGAAAAAGUGAAAUUCGACAUACCCAAGGACGAAAUGUUCGAGACCGACGAUGAAAUACCUGCGCGAGAUUUACGAGAAGCUGUACGAGACGUCGGCGAGCUUCUCGCGGGAACCGCGGGUAUAGAUCUCGAGGAAAAGCCCAAAGACGUGGAGGAGAUCGUUAGGAAGGUCGCACAAGUAUUGAGGGAGGACGAUUUCCUUCUGGACGCGAUCGUAGAAUCCAAAAAAGAAGAUCUUCAAAAAUCGCCGGUGCAGGAACCGGAGCUUUCUAAGAUCGUGAUGCCGACGAAGGUCGGCGUUACUGAAGAGAUUCCUCCUCAUCCUCAGGAAGAGGCCGAGGAACUCCACGUCGCCUACCCGGCCGCGAAAUUAGAAGACGAGAAGACGAAGGCUAUAGAGGGUAUGUCUGAACUGAUAUCGCCGAAAGAGGAGAAAGAGAAGAAACCAGAUUUGGUGGCUGUAUCUCCGAAAUCCCCGGAGAUGGACGUGAUGGACGCUGGAUUGGAAGACGUGUGCGUGAGAAAAAUCGCGAAGAAGUCGAUAGACGAAGGUCAACCGAUAGAGGAACCAGUGAUAACUUUCGAACAGAAAGUUUCACCUGCGAAAGCGGAAAUCGUUACGGUCUCGCCCGGGUCGACGCCGACUUCGCCUAAGUUCGUCGCGGACAAACUGCAGGAGAGCGACGUAGACUCGACUCAGGAAGUCGAGGAAGCGGUUCACAUACCGUUGGAAACGAAAGCCAUAAUCGACAAAGCGGAUCGUAAACUGGUAGAGAUCAUCGAAGAACUUGUGAUAAAGAAGAUACGAAUCACUAUUGAAAUUAUAGAAUAUAUUAUUACUGUGAAACGUGUUCCGAUAGAAUGCGUGAUUUACGUGAUCGAGGAGAUCAUCGUAAAGAGAGGAUUGUCUAAGAAGGACGUCGUCGAGAACGUCGAAAUCCUGAAUCUGGACGAAUCGAUCACCCCUCAGUUGCAAACGGAACUCGAGGAUCUCAUAAUCAACGAGUACGUCACCAAAGGAAAGCGUAUUACCAUUGAGAUCGUUGAAGAGAUUUGUAUAAAGAAACUAGUUCCGAGGACGGUCGUGAUUCGCAUUAUUCAGGAAAUUAUUGUCAGGAAGUCGAUCAAAGAUAUUACGGAGGGCCUCGGGAUCGAAGUCGAUGAGAAAGAAGAAAAGAAGAAAGAAUUGUCGCCCGUUGAAAAAGUAUCUCCGGUGAAAGCAGAGAAGGAACCGUCUCCAGAAAAAGAGAAAGAGAAAGAGGCGAAGGAGGAGGAAGAAAUAGAAGUCGAAGAGGAAGAAGAGGAUGGUUUCGUUAGCAUCGGUAGAAAGAUUUCUAAGGGAGCUAUACGAGAAAAGGAAACAGUGCCUUCUACAGAGAUCGAGGAUACGAAGAAACAUGAGAUCACUGACGAUUUCGAAGCCGUCGAGCAGGAAUACAAGGUGCGGGAAGCGCUCGAGGAUACUUCGAGGCCAGAAUCCAGGGAACGAGAAUAUGCCGAGGAAGCCGAAGACGUCGUGAGCGACGUCGUCGAGGCCGACGAGAAAUUCGUUCACGAGACGAAGGAGAAAAUAGAGAAAGACGAAGCUGUGGAGCCUCCCAAAGUGGAGAAGAAAGAGGUAGAAAUUAAAGCCGCAGAUUUGGGUAAAAAGGAGGAUGUCAAGCCGGUGACGGAAUCCUUGGAUGCUGUGGAGAAAUAUCUGGACGAAGCUAAGGAAAAGAAGGAACAAAAAGUGGAGAAAGAGACACCAGUAAUAUCUCAUGUCGAUAAAGAAAAAGAGGAGAUCGUGGCAAAAGUGGAACACAAGGUGCUAGAGGAAAAAGAAUUGAAGUCGCCAGAAAAGAAAGAGGAAGAAAAAUCACCUGUUAAGGAAGAGAAGCUUGAGGACGUUAAGAAAAUUGAAGAACCCGUGAAGAAAGAGGCGUCGCCGAUUGAAUCGAAGCCUGAACCGGAACAGAAAAUUUCAUCUCCGGAUAAAGCCAAAGAUUUAUCUCCCAUUGAAAAGCGGGCGAGCAUCGAUGUUUCAGCUAUAGACGCUGCCAUUGAAAAGGAUAAGAAACCAGAGGUGACGGAGGACUUGGGAACCGUUCGUCGAAUGUUGGUCACGGCCAGCAGCGAGGACGGUGGACACGAAACGAACGUCCCUCUUGGCGUUCAACCCAAGACCAUCACUCCCGAGGAUUCGCUGAAAGAUAUUUCGGUGAAAUCGACGCCUGACAAGGAUUCUUUGGCCAUGGACAAGGAUUCCCUCCGUUCGGAGACGACCAGUCCGGAAAAAGACAGCAUCUCUGAAAAGUCACCGUUGAAGGACGCUGGAAAAGUGACUCCGGAGGACAGCUUGGACAAAUCGCCGAUCGACACUCGCGACUCACAGCUCGAGGACAGUUUGGAGAAAGCUAAGCUUCGAGAAGCGGACAGCAGCACCUCUCCGUCUGUCGUCGAGAUGGAAACUCCGAAAUCGCGACGAGAAUCGAAGGAGAUCGAAGAUCUGACGAAGGUCGAGGAUGCGAAACGAUUGAGCCAAGAUAUGGGAUUACCGAUCAAAGAAGAGAAGCUUGAAAAAGUUUUAGACAUUGGAGAAUUGAAGUCAGAACCGAUUCGAUCAGAGGACGUUUCGCCGGCGGAAACUAUAUUUGCCAAAUCGCCCACGAGUAAACCGGAAGAACCGAUUCAAAAGGAAAUAGUACCAAGAAAGUCCAUAACAGAGAUGGUUCCUUCGGAAAAAAUUGAACUGGCGAAGCCUUCCGAAGCGAAGGAAGAAAGUAUCGAAGUAUCGCCUAAAAUUGAAGAAAAGGAACCAGCCGCGGAUCGUAAACCAUCGAUCAUUUCCAAAGAACAAGAAAAGGAAGCUCCUCCGAGCGUUGACAAAAUCGAGGAUAAAGUGGACGAGAAGAAAGUCGAGGUGAUUAAAACUAAGGAAGAUAAAUCGCCUACUGUUGCUGAGAAGGCCGAGAUUGGACGUAAGCCAUCGAUCGUCGCCGAGGAAAAAUUGGAUUUGGCCAAGGACCGAGAAAUUGACAAAGACAAAGCACCUGUCACAGGAAUAUCAGAAAAACCAGAUGAAGGCGCGAAGUCUCCAGAAAUUAUCAAGUCUGAAGUUGAUAAACUCGGUGACGAAAAGGAAAAGGAAAAGGAAGCGACAGAAGUAAAAUUAGAAGCUGGCAAGGAAGAAACGAAAGCACAAGAACCUACCAAACCAGUGACAGAAGAAAAAGAGGAAGCGAAAGAAGUAGAAGAGAAAGGCAAGAAGCCAGUGGAUACGUCUAGAUCUUCUAGCAUAGCGAGCUUACCGAGAGAAGCGAUCGAUUUAUCGAAACGAUUCAGUAUCAUUGACGAUAUAAAAGACAUUGACGCGAAAUUAUUCGACAAGCCCAGAUCGAUGAGCAUAUCGAGCGUUUCCAGCGAGCCCAGAGACGUAAUUCCGGCGAGAUCAAAGUCACCGAGCGUCACGGAGGAAGUGUGCGAUUUGACAACGGUCGAGCAGGAAAUAAUUGAAAGACGCGAAUCCGUCGCUGAACCAAAAGGAGUAAAACCAGCUGAGAAAUCAAGGACACCGAGUGUGACAGAGGUUCCUGCCGAAGUCAAGGACGUCUCAGACAAAUCCAAGUCUCCCAGCAUUGCCGGAGAAGAAGCGGACCUGACGGGCUUCGAGAAGCCCAGAUCACCGAGUAUCUCGACGGAGGAAAAGAGGAAGUCGUCCAUCAUCACUGCAGACAUCGCGGCAUUGAAGGACAUGUACGAUACGUCGAUCGACAAGACCAGAUCACCUAGCAUAACAGAUGUGAAGGAAAUAACGGAGAAAUCGAAAUCGCCAAGCGUCGCUGGCGAAGUGCCAGACUUGAAAGACGUCGACUCGAAGGAAAUUGAGAAGUCUAGAUCACCUAGCAUCGCGAGCGUUCCUGCCAAGGAUCUGGCUGAGAGAUCAAAAUCACCGAGCAUUGCUGAGGAGGCUCCUGAUUUGAAAGACGUCGAAGAAAAGGAUAUCAAGAAAUCCAGAUCGCCUAGCAUAGCAACUGCACCGGAAGUAAAGGAGAAAUCGAAGUCGCCUAGUAUUGGCGAAACGCCCGAUUUAAAGGAUGUAGAGACAAAGGCCUCCAGAUCACCUAGUGUAACGAGUAUACCAAGUAUUCCUGCGGAGACAAAAUCAAAAUCCCCGAGUGUAGCCGAGGAAGCGCCAGACUUGAAGGACGUUGAUGUAAAAGAAGGUGAAAAAUCCAGAUCAGCGAGCAUUGUCAGUGUUCCAGAGCCAAAGGACAAGUUGAAAUCGCCUAGUCCUCCUGGCGAAGCUCAUGACUUGAAGGACGUUGAAGCGAAAGACGGUGAAAAAUCCAGAUCAGCGAGCAUAAUUAGUAUUCCAGCAGAAUCGAAAGAGAAGUCGAAAUCACCAAGUCCCGUUGGCGAAGCUCCUGAACUGAAGGAUGUUGAUACAAAAGACAUUGAAAAAUCCAGAUCAGCGAGCAUAAUCAGUAUUCCAGAACCAAAGGACAAGUCGAAAUCGCCAAGUCCUGUUGGCGAAGUUACUGACUUAAAAGACGUUGAAGUGAAAGACGGUGAGAAGUCGCGAUCAGCGAGCAUAAUUAGCGUUCCAGCAGAGUCGAAGGAAAAGUCGAAAUCGCCUAGUCCUGUUGGCGAAGCUCCUGACCUGAAGGAUAUUGAGAAAUCCAGAUCAGCGAGUAUAAUCAGUGUCCCGGCAGAAGCAAAGGAAGCAGUGGAUAAAUCAAAGACACCAAGCGUUGCUAGUGAAACACCCGAUUUGAGAGAUGUUGAAAUCAAAGACAGUGUAAAAUCCAGAUCAGCGAGUAUAAUCAGUGUCCCGGCAGAAGCAAAGGAAGCAGUGGAUAAAUCAAAGACACCAAGCGUUGCUAGUGAAACACCCGAUUUGAGAGAUGUUGAAAUCAAAGACAGUGUAAAAUCCAGAUCAGCGAGUAUAAUCAGUGUCCCGGCAGAAGCAAAGGAAGCAGUGGAUAAAUCAAAGACACCAAGCGUUGCUAGUGAAACACCCGAUUUGAGAGAUGUUGAAAUCAAAGACAGUGUAAAAUCCAGAUCAGCGAGUAUAAUCAGUGUCCCGGCAGAAGCAAAGGAAGCAGUGGAUAAAUCAAAGACACCAAGCGUUGCUAGUGAAACACCCGAUUUGAGAGAUGUUGAAAUCAAAGACAGUGUAAAAUCCAGAUCAGCGAGUAUAAUCAGUGUCCCGGCAGAAGCAAAGGAAGCAGUGGAUAAAUCAAAGACACCAAGCGUUGCUAGUGAAACACCCGAUUUGAGAGAUGUUGAAAUCAAAGACAGUGUAAAAUCCAGAUCAGCGAGUAUAAUCAGUGUCCCGGCAGAAGCAAAGGAAGCAGUGGAUAAAUCAAAGACACCAAGCGUUGCUAGUGAAACACCCGAUUUGAGAGAUGUUGAAAUCAAAGACAGUGUAAAAUCCAGAUCAGCGAGUAUAAUCAGUGUCCCGGCAGAAGCAAAGGAAGCAGUGGAUAAAUCAAAGACACCAAGCGUUGCUAGUGAAACACCCGAUUUGAGAGAUGUUGAAAUCAAAGACAGUGUAAAAUCCAGAUCAGCGAGUAUAAUCAGUGUCCCGGCAGAAGCAAAGGAAGCAGUGGAUAAAUCAAAGACACCAAGCGUUGCUAGUGAAACACCCGAUUUGAGAGAUGUUGAAAUCAAAGACAGUGUAAAAUCCAGAUCAGCGAGUAUAAUCAGUGUCCCGGCAGAAGCAAAGGAAGCAGUGGAUAAAUCAAAGACACCAAGCGUUGCUAGUGAAACACCCGAUUUGAGAGAUGUUGAAAUCAAAGACAGUGUAAAAUCCAGAUCAGCGAGUAUAAUCAGUGUCCCGGCAGAAGCAAAGGAAGCAGUGGAUAAAUCAAAGACACCAAGCGUUGCUAGUGAAACACCCGAUUUGAGAGAUGUUGAAAUCAAAGACAGUGUAAAAUCCAGAUCAGCGAGUAUAAUCAGUGUCCCGGCAGAAGCAAAGGAAGCAGUGGAUAAAUCAAAGACACCAAGCGUUGCUAGUGAAACACCCGAUUUGAAAGAUAUCGACGCGAAGGAGAUCGAGAAAUCUAGAUCAGCCAGCGUAGUCAGCAUUCCCGCUGAAUCCAAAGACAAGUCGCCUAGCAUCGCUGGUGAGAUGCCCGACUUGAAGGAGGUCGAAGCGAAGUCUAGAACAUCUAGUAUAGUCAGCGUUCCUGGAGAAACGAAGGACGUAUUGGAUAAGUCGAAAUCACCGAGCAUUGCCGGCGAAGCAGCUGACUUGAAAGAUGUUGAAAAAUCGAAAUCUCCAAGUGUAGCGGGUGACGCGCCGGAUUUGAAAGAUAUCGAGAGUGAAAUUGAGAAAUCUAGAUCACCUAGUGUGACGAGUGUCCCCGCAGAGGCAAAGGACAAAUCCAAGACCCCGAGCCUUGCUGAAGAGGCAGCAGAUUUGAAAGAUGUCGAAGAAAAGGAUAAAUCAAAAACGCCAAGUAUCGCUGGCGAGGCGAUUGACUUGAAAGACGUGGAAUCAAAGGAUAAAUCGAAAUCUCCGAGCAUUGCUGGUGAAGCACUUGAUUUGAAAGAUGUCGAAGCGAAGGACAAGUCGAAGACUCCGAGCAUUGCUGGCGAGGAACUCGAUUUGAAGGAUGUCGAGAAAUCGAGAUCGCCAAGUAUAACAGAAGCGAAAGAGAAGUCUGCAACUCCCAGCGUUGCAGGCGAAGAACCUGAUUUGAAAGAAAUUGAAAAAUCUAGAUCACCGAGCAUAGCCAGUGUUCAAGCGGAGGCAAAAGACAAGUCAAAGUCGCCGAGCCCUGCCGGAGAAGCUCCUGAUUUAAAAGAUAUCGAGAAAUCCAGAUCACCCAGCGUGACUAGUGUACACGCAGAUGUGAAGGAAUUAUCCGAAAAAUCUAAAUCACCCAGCAUCGCGGAAGAUUUGAAGGAAACGAAAGAUGCCUCUGAGAAAUCUAAAUCGCCUAGUCUCGUCAGUGAGACUCCCGAUAUAAAAGAGGUUCACGAAACAUCAAUUGAAAAGUCUAGAUCAGCCAGUAUAAUUAGUGUUCCACCCGAGACGAAGGAUGAGAAGUCGAAGUCGUCGAGCGUCGCUGGCGAGGUGCCAGAUUUAAAAGAUGUGGAGACAAAGGAAAAAUCGAAGUCGCCGAGCAUCGGUGAGACUCCAGAUUUAAAGGACGUUGAAGCGAAAGAAAAAUCGAAGUCUCCCAGUAUAGCUGAUGAGACUCCAGACGUGAAAGAUGUGGAAACCAAAGAAAAAUCAAAGUCUCCCAGUAUUGUUGGUGAGACACCAGAUUUGAAAGACGUGGAAACAAAGGACAAGUCAAAAUCUCCGAGCAUCGCUGGCGAGACUCCAGAUUUGAAAGACGUGGAAGCUAAGGAUAUUGAAAAAUCUAGAUCACCGAGCAUAGCAAGCGUUCCACCGGAGACAAAAGAUGUAUCGGAUAAAUCAAAAACUCCGAGCAUCGCAGGGGAUAUACCAGAUUUGAAGGACGUUAAAGUUGAAAAGGAGACGUCGAAGUCGCCUAGCAUCGGUGAGGCCCCCGACUUAAAGGAUGCAGAAAUGAAGGACGAAAAAUCUAGAUCGGCCAGUGUGGCAAGUGCACCGGCGGACAAGUCGAAGUCUCCCAGCGUCGCUGGAGAAGCAGUGGAUUUGACUAGCGUGGAGAAAUCCAAAUCGCCCAGCGUGGCUGGAGACGCACCAGACUUGAAGGACGUGAUUGACAAAUCUCGAUCACCUAGCGUGAGCAGUGUUCCUGCGGAAACGAAAGAUGUGUCGGACAAAUCGAAAUCACCUAGCAUUGCUGGCGAAGUAUCAGAUUUGAAAGACGUCGACACAAAGGAAAUCGAAAAGUCCAGGACACCGAGUUUAGCUAGCGUGCCUGGCGAAGUUAAAGAUGCAUCGGAGAAAUCAAAGUCGCCGAGCAUUGCUAGCGAAGGUGCGGAGUUGAAAGACGUUGAAGUGCACGAUGUCAAGGAUUCUACUGCUCCGACCGGAACUAGGGAAACAUCGAAAUCGCCAAGUACAGGCGAGGCUCCGGAUUUAAAAGACGUUGAUGUAAAAGACGGUGGGAAAUCCAGAUCACAGAGUAUAGUCAGUGUUCCAGAGGUAAAGGACAAAUCAAAAUCUCCAAGCCUUGCUGGCGAAGCUGCUGAUUUAAAGGACGUUGAAGUAAAAGAUGGUGAGAAGUCCAGAUCAGCGAGCAUCGUCAGUAUUCCAGCAGAACCGAAGGACAAAUCGAAAUCGCCAAGUCCUGCUGGUGAAGCUAUUGACUUGAAGGACGUUGAUGUAAAAGGAGGUGAGAAAUCCAGAUCAGCGAGCAUUGUUAGUGUUCCAGCAGAAUCGAAGGAGAAGUCGAAAUCGCCAAGUCCUGUUGGCGAAGCACCUGACUUGAAAGACGUUGAAAUGAAAGAUGGUGAGAAGUCGCGAUCAGCGAGUAUAAUCAGUGUCCCAGAACCAAAGGACAAGUCGAAAUCGCCAAGUCCUGUUGGAGAAACUCCUGACCUGAAGGAUAGUGACGUGAAAGACGGUGAGAAGUCACGAUCAGCGAGCAUAAUUAGCGUUCCUGAACCAAAGGAGAAGUCGAAAUCGCCAAGUCCUCCUGGCGAAGCUCCUGACCUGAAGGACAUCGACAAAUCCAGAUCAGCAAGCAUAAUCAGUAUUCCAGCAGAGUCGAAAGAAAAGUCGAAAUCACCAAGUCCCGUUGGCGAAGUUACUGACCAGAAGGAUGUUGAUACAAAAGACAUUGAAAAAUCCAGAUCAGCGAGCAUAAUCAGUAUUCCAGAACCAAAGGACAAGUCGAAAUCGCCAAGUCCUGUUGGCGAAGUUACUGACUUAAAAGACGUUGAAGCAAAAGACGGUGAGAAAUCCAGAUCAGCGAGCAUAAUUAGUAUUCCAGCAGAGUCGAAGGACAAGUCGAAGUCGCCAAGUUCUAUUGGCGAAGCUCCUGACCUAAAGGAUGUUCACGUGAAAGACGGUGAGAAGUCGCGAUCAGCGAGCAUAGUCAGUAUUCCAGCAGAAGCGAAAGACAAGCCGAAAUCUCCAAGUCCUCCUGGCGAAGCUCCUGACCUGAAGGAUAUUGAGAAAUCCAGAUCAGCGAGCAUAGUCAGUGUCCCAGAACCAAAGGACAAGUCGAAAUCGCCAAGUUCUGCUGGCGAAGCUCCUGACUUAAAAGAUGUUGCCGUGAAAGACGGUGGGAAAUCCAGAUCAGCGAGUAUAAUCAGUGUCCCGGCAGAAGUAAAGGAAGCAGUGGAUAAGUCGAAAACACCAAGCGUUGCUAGUGAAACACCCGAUUUGAAAGAUGUUGAUAUCAAAGACGGUGGAAAAUCCAGAUCAGCGAGCAUAGUCAGUGUCCCGGCAGAAGCAAAGGAAGCAGUGGAUAAAUCGAAGACACCAAGCGUUGCUAGUGAAACACCCGAUUUGAGAGAUGUUGAAAUCAAAGACGGUGUAAAAUCAAGAUCAGCGAGCAUAGUCAGUGUUCCGGCAGAAACGAAGGAAGCAGUGGAUAAAUCGAAGACACCAAGCGUUGCUAGUGAAACACCCGAUUUGAAAGAUGUUGAUAUCAAAGACGGUGUAAAAUCCAGAUCAGCGAGCAUAGUCAGUGUUUCAGGAGAAACAAAGGAAGCAGCGGAUAAGUCAAAGACACCAAGCGUUGCUGGUGAAACACCCGAUUUGAAAGAUAUCGACGCGAAGGAGAUCGAGAAAUCUAGAUCAGCCAGCGUAGUCAGCAUUCCCGCUGAAUCCAAAGACAAGUCGCCUAGCAUCGCUGGUGAGAUGCCCGACUUGAAGGAGGUCGAAGCGAAGUCUAGAACAUCCAGUAUAGUCAGCGUUUCGGCUGAAACGAAAGAGGAUAAGUCGAAAUCGCCGAGCAUCGCUGGCGAAGCAGCUGACUUGAAAGAUAUUGAAAAAUCGAAAUCGCCAAGUGUAGACGUAAAGGAUGCAUGGGAUCAAUCAAAAACGCCAAGCCUCGAUGGCGAAGCACCUGAUUUGAAGGACGUCGAUAAAUCUAGAUCAUCUAGCGUGUCGAGUAUUCCACCAUUGGAAACGAAACGAAUGAGUAUCUUCGGGACCAUCGUCGAUUUCCCGGAAGAGCUCGACGCGAAGUCUAGAUCGGCUAGCAUAGUAAGUGGCCCGGAAGCAAAAGAUGUAUCAGAAAAAUCGAAGUCACCCAGCGUUGCCGGAGAAACUAUCGAUUUGAAAGAUAUUGAGAAAUCUCGAUCGCCUAGCGAGACGAGCAUUGCAGCAGAAGCGAAAGACAAGUCUAAGUCGCCUAGCGUUGCUGGAGAAGUUCCAGACAUGAAAGAUAUCGAGAAAUCUCGGUCACCCAGUGUGACGAGUAUACCAGCAGAAGCGAAAGACAAAUCUAAGUCGCCCAGCGUUGCUGAAGAAGCUCCUGAUAUGAAGGAUAUCGAGAAAUCUCGGUCACCCAGUAUUACCAGUAUUCCAGCAGAAGCGAAAGACAAGUCUAAAUCGCCCAGCGUUGCUGAAGAAGCUCCUCAUAUGAAGGAUAUCGAGAAAUCUCGGUCACCCAGUAUUACCAGUAUUCCAGCGGAAACGAAAGACAAGUCUAAAUCGCCUAGUGUUGCUGGAGAAGCUCCAGAUAUGAAGGAUAUCGAGAAGUCUCGAUCGCCCAGUGUGACGAGUAUUCCAGCAGAAACAAAAGACAAAUCUAAGUCGCCCAGCGUUGCUGAAGAAGCUCCUGAUCUGAAGGAUAUCGAGAAAUCUCGAUCUCCCAGUAUUACCAGUAUUCCAGCAGAGGCGAAAGACAAAUCUAAGUCGCCCAGCGUUGCUGGAGAAGCUCCAGAUAUGAAGGAUAUCGAGAAAUCUCGGUCGCCCAGUGUGACGAGUAUUCCAGGUGUAAAGGACGAUAAAUCGAAAUCUCCCAGUGUUGCCGGUGAGACGCCUGAUUUGAAGGAGAUCGAGAAAUCUCGAUCGCCCAGCUUGGCGAGCGUUCCAGGAGUUAAAGAUGUAUCAAAGUCGCCCAGCGAUUUGGAAAUGAAAACUGCCGAUAAAUCCAGAUCACCGAGCGUGACGAGUACAGUGGACUCGCUCGAGAGAAAGGACACAUCCCGACCUCAAAGCGUGUAUGAAACCGAGGAAAAGAGUCCUCUGAGCAGAUCGAGAGCCGCCAGCGUUCAAGACGCGCAAGCGAAACUGAUCAAGGAAGACGUGAUGGCGAGCGUAACUCCCGAGAAGGAAGCAAGCAUCACGAAGUACAUCAUGGAGGAAUACAUAAGUAAGAGAAGGAAGAUCACGUCGUUCGUGAUAGAAGAGAUAGUCAAGAUCUUCUCGGUCUCCGAGCUCGUUACGAUGAGCAUCGUAGAAACGAUCAUCGCUACCGAGAAGCUCCGCAGAGACUCGAUUUUGGACAUAGAAGAAGACGAGGAUAAGCAUAGCGAGGGUUCGAUGAGUCCCAGCCUGAGCUCCGAUCAGAUCGCUUCGGACAAAUCCACGCAAGACAGCCCUGUUCGUUCGGAGCCUCACAUCGACGAGGAGAUCGUGAUUUCAGAGGAGAAGAGAUCAGAAAUGGAGAAACUUCUGGAGGAAGACUAUGUGAAGAAGAAGAGACUGAUCACAGAAGAGAUUCUAGAGGAGAUCAUCGUCAGAUCUUCUUUGCCGCGGUACAUCAUCAUGGAGAUAAUAGAGGAGAUAAUAUUAAAAAAGAAAUUGUCUCGCGAUUCGGUGAUCGACGCAAGGAUCUACCAAGAAGACGAAGAUGGUUACCGGUACGAGAGAUCGCCUGAGCUUCGUUUCGAAUCGUACAAAGACAGUCACGCUUACGGAAUGUCGGGCGACUAUAAGGAGUCCGAAUAUUCCGAGGAAGAGGCACAGGUAGAGCGGGAAACCUCGGUUCCGAGUUAUCCAGUCGGCUACGAGAGCCAAUUUCACAAAGCUUUCGUAGGCGGCAUGACGGAAAUCCGUACGACUCACAUUACGACGUUGUCUGGCAAAUCAACGCCGGAUAUAACUCGAGACGGAACGCCGGAUUCGGCUUCAGAGACCACGGCCUCCACCACCGUGGAGAAAGUCGAGGACAAAUCGUUGAGUAAAUCGUCCGAUGCUCACGUCUCUCCUGACAAAGAUUCAAUCACCACGACUGUUACGGUGCAAAAAUCAAGCACGACGGUGACAGAGUCGAUGGACGGAAAACCGCAAACGAUCACGUUAUUAAAGGAAAGUAAGAUCGACGAGGUAGAAUCACCGACGACAGAGAAGCAGAAAGACAAAGAAUCGGAAAGCGAACUGAGUGGAAAAGUGGUUAUUAAGAAGAUCGUGAAAGAGGAAAUUUCUGACGAGCCUGAAACGAUCAGGAAAAUUAUAAAGCGAGAGAUCAUCGAGCAAGAAGAGCCGAUGGUGAUCACCAAAGUAAUCAGGCGCGAGAUCGAAGUACCGGAGGACGAGAUGGAAGAUAAGCUGGCUGAGAUCACCAAAGCGAUUGCUGGAGGGACGGAGAAAAUCGUCGUUGAAAAGUCGGGUGAAUCAGAGGACGACGUGACGAAAAUAGUAACGACUCGGAUAACGAAAAAGAUAGAGAUAGAAGACAAAGGUGACGCGAAGGAGGAGAAGGAACAAGUCAAGGAAGAAACGAAGGAUAAGAAAAUGUUUGAAAGAGAAGAAGAGAUAAAACACUCGGAGAAGGACAAACGUUCGGGGUCUCCUCUCGUUCAAGUUUCCGGAAGGUCUACGCCCGAUAAGAGAUCCGAAGGGAGAUCAUUGACUGGGACACCGGAAGGCUUCCGUUCUGGCGACGUGAUCAGAACGAUAAUCACCACGACGAAGACGUACUCCGACGAAGGCGACAUCGUCACUACGACCAGAGAAGUGACGGAGACGAUGAACGAGAAGGGAGAGACUGUGGUUCUCGCGGAGAAGCUCGACGUGAAAGUGGACGAAUACGUCCCGAGCAAAGAUGAACCGAGUUUAGAAACGAAACAAUCAGGAGAAGAAAAAGAGCAGAAAUCGGCCGAUCUCUCCGCGAUGAGCAGCAGCUUUUACGGAGAGCUGCCAACCUCGUCCGAAACAGGUGCUCGUCCGUCGGUUCAAAGCGGAAUCGUUAGCCACGGAACCGACGAUUACUCGUUCAAGAAGUUCAUGGUGGAGAAAGAAUACGCUGGCGAUUUCAAAGAGAAACCUGGUGCGAAGAAGUACGUCGACGAAGCCGACCUCGAUUUCGAGAAGGCUCUGACGAUGGAACGAAAGGGAUCGACGAGUCAAGAAAAGAAGGAGAAACCAGAAGAAAGUUCGUCGAAGGACACGAAGAAGGAUCCUCUGGAGGGUUGGGGAAGUCCUCUGGGACUCCCGUCUCCCGUGCCACCGGCGAAAUUCAACUUGAAAAAUUCUGCACAGUCGACCGAGAACGGUACGACUCCUUCCGACACCGAGACUCGAUUGAACUUCGACGCGAUUCACGACUGGGGCGAACCGCUGCGUCUGCCCACGCCUGCUCCCGUUACCAACGAGAAUUCUAACAAGGGCGCACCCGGAACGCCUAAGAAGGAGAAGAAACAGGCGAAGAAGGUGCUCUCCGAGAACCUCAAGAACAAGAAACGUUCGGAGAGUCCCGGAAAGAACGAGAAGAAGUUGAAGGACUCGAAGAACAAGGUGCAACCGGUCUACGUCGAUCUGACUUACGUGCCCCAUCACGGGAACUCGUAUUACACUUCGCUGGAAUUCUUCAAGCGGGUUCGCGCGAGAUAUUACGUGUUCAGCGGUACCGAACCGAGUCGCGAGGUCUACGACGCUCUGCUGGAAGCGAAGAAAUCCUGGGAGGACAAAGACCUUGAGGUGACCAUGAUACCGACUUAUGACACGGACACCCUGGGCUACUGGGUGGCCGACAACGAGGAGGCUCUGACCGCUAAUCACAUCGACCUCUCGCCUUCGGCGUCCAGAUGCACGAUCAACCUUCAGGAUCAUGAGACUAGCUGCAGUGCCUACCGACUCGAGUUCUAGGGAUUGGCAGCCUGCUCAGCCGUAAUAGUUGAGUUCUGAACGGUAUUCAGAGAGACCUAUUAGACAUCCGUCAUCGCAUCGUUUCGUUUCUGGACUUGCCGUAUCGAGAAUUCUUAGUAGCCUUACCCGUGCCUGUUCAAUGGAUCCCGAUGCCAUUCGAGAACCUCCCGAGGAGAGGAUACACGAUCCCCGGACCACGCAAUCGUUUCUUGUUUUAACCGCACGGUUCGAUCCGAUCUGGAUUUAGACGUAUCUUCCGGCAGCAACCGACGACGGAGAAUAAGAUUUGCUCUCACCUUCGCCUUAGAUCCGAGCAUAUUUUCGAAUUACGAAACGGGCUUUUACUCACUCGAGGCCUCUCCUUCGCACCGUCUUUUUAUAUGUAAUAACUAACGUUCGAUACCGCUUUGAAAGCAUUUUGUCGUUCCUGCGUUAACCGAAUUUGAUGAAAGGAUGCAGUCCAGAAAGGUCAGAGGCCGGCGGCCCACGCGAGAAAAAAAAAUUCGCGUCGAUGGGAAAAGGAAUUUUUUUAUACAUUUUUCAGAGGCUCGAAACAAUGCAGAUUUUUCCUCGUUAUCGAUCAAACGUUACGACCUUCUCUUGCCGUAAACGUUUACAGAGACGAAUGAUAAUUAACGAGAAGCACUAGAUAGGAACUAUUUGUGUCGUGUUUCUAUACGUAGAGUCUGCAGAAGACGGUAACAACAUGAGCAACUUAUUUUACUCUAACUCUAACUAACUAGGUACUACGAUUAAUUACGAGCGAACGAUCGUCCACACUGUUCCAUUCCGAACGUUAUUCAAGACCAUUAUCAAACUUACGGAGACGAGAGGAAGAAUAAAGUAAAAAUUUCCUAAAGGAUCACCCCCGGGCAAAGAAAGUAUUUAAACCAAAGAGAGAGGAGAGAAAUAACGGGUCGAGACAGCGAUAAAAGUAAACCUGUUCAACGUCCAUCCAACGGACCCUUGUCCACGUUCGAUAACCGCGUCGGAACGAACGCCUCUGCUUCUCCCAUCAUUAAUCGUCCUAGCGAGAUAAUUUCAGAAGCAGAAUCGUUCGCUCCUGCGUAAAUGAUAAAUCCGUUUGUAGGUACUUUUUAGAGGACAGAAUAAUUUAAUUUUCGACGGGCGAGUACCACUUUUAAGGGUGAGAGCGUAAGGGAUGAAAGUUGAAACGCGCACCAUUCCAAAAUCGAGACUAAAACAAAAAAAAAAAAAAGCGACAUUUGCCGUGUCGUACCGAUGACGAGACCGAUCGAUCGUACGGGUGGCAUUCGAUUAUAUCCGAGAAUACUCUUUUCUUCUUCCUUCGUAUCGCGAAGAGUACGAUCUCGUGACAAGUGCAAUGAUAAUUAACGCUCCGACAAAACCGGUAACCGUGUAAGCAGUAGAGAAGAGAAACAAACGUGGUACGACGACGAACCAUGUAACUAUGUAUUUAUGUAUUAUUUAUUGACAAUUAAUAAUGACCAGCUGUUUUAGGUAGGAUAUUAAAAUUAUGAAAUUGAAUUUAUCGUAAAGAGGUAUCGAGACCGAGGUGAAGAACGAAAUGCGUGCGAUGCGAACUCCGCCGAUGGGAGCGGCGGGGAGAGAAGAGGGAAGAGCGAAUUUAAAUCGAGAAAGGAAGAUAAAUAUAACAGUUAAGAACGAGCUUUCAUUAAAAAAAAAACAGUUUAGACUAAAUAUAAUAUAAAGUAAAAGGCGCUCGCGUUUCCACGCACCGAAACGUACGCGAUCCAGUGCGUGGAAACGCGAGCUCCCGUACACACAGAGACACGUACACGAGAACACGCAUACAUA